AUGGCGCCUCCCGCCCGGCUCCUCCGGCGGGCCCUUUCCUCUGCGUCCGACGGGCGGGGGCGGAGGCGGGCGUGGGCGGCUUCGCUGUCGCCUCUGGAGAGGCUGAAGCGGCUGCUGCCGCCGGAGGCGGCGGCGGCGGCGGAGCGCUACGCGGAGCCCCGCCCGUCGGCCGCCCCGCGGGCGCCUCCCGAGGAGAAAAUGGCGGCGCCGAGCGCUGCGCCCGCCGCGGCGCCUUCCCCGCGGGGACCCGCCGAGGAGAAAAUGGCGGCGCGCUCCAGCCCGCUCCGCGCGGGGGAGCUGGCGCUGGCGGAGCUGCGGAGGAAGCACAACGCGACGCUGAAGCUGCUGUGCCGCUUGGAGGCGGGCGCGGUGCUGAACUCGCACGUCGGGCUCCUGCCGCACCGGGACGUCAUCGGGCGGCUGCCCGGGCAGCUGCUGCGCUCCUCGGCCGGGGCGCGGCUGCUGCUGAGGCGGCCCUCGCUGGACGAGUACGUGCUGCUGAUGCCGCGGGGACCCACCAUCGCCUACCCAAAGGAUAUCGGUGCCAUGCUGAUGAUGAUGGACGUCCACCCAGGUGACGUCGUGUUGGAAAGUGGCAGCGGGUCUGGUGCUCUGAGCUUGUUUCUGUCGAGAGCGGUUGGGCCCAAAGGACGUGUUAUCAGUUAUGAAAUCAGAGAUGACCAUCACAACUUAGCAAAGAAGAAUUACAGGCAUUGGCGCACAACGUGGAAAAUAGGACAUAUGGAAGAGUGGCCAGAUAAUGUGGAUUUCAUUCUUAAAGACAUCUCAAGAGCUGCUGAGGAUAUGAAAUCUUUAACAUUUGAUGCAAUAGUUCUGGAUAUGCUUAACCCUCAAUCUGCUCUGUCUGUUGUACACCCCAGUCUUAAAGAGGGUGGUGUGUGUGCUGUGUAUUUAGCUAACAUCACACAGGUUAUAGACCUUUUAGACAGAAUACGGACAUGCAGGCUCCCUUUUGCCUGUGAAAAGAUCGUUGAGGUAACUCAUAGAAAUUGGUUGGUGCUGCCUGCUAAAAUCAAGAAUUGCAAAUCAAGCCAAAGAGUGGAAACUCAAGAAGAUAUCGAGGAAGAUCCUCAACAGAAAGAAUGUGAUGAAAUCCAAACUCAGGAUCAAAUAGUUCUUAACGAAGAUGAAGGAAAUGAAUCAUUUCCUGAUGAUGCUGAAACACACUGCUCAACACCUUACAUUGCAAGACCAUCUCGUUGGCAGGACGCUCAUUCAGCAUUCCUCACCAAGCUGAGAAAGUUUCGACCACCACUUUCUUGAUGCUGCUGCUGUUAGCUGCUAAUCUGAGCGUUGUAUCAGAAUAAAGAGUUACAAAAUA